AAUAGUAGAGCCGGCUUGGCCCCAUAAAAGUGUAAAGUAACGGAUCAUACCGAAAGUGAAUGUGGAGUGUAGACGUAGCGGUAGCAGAGCUGCAGACAUGAGACAUGGUUCACCCCGUUUACCCCACCAUGGUUAUCAUGGUGAUUUUGGUGAUCAUGGUGAUCAUGGUACUUUCCGACGUUUGACGGCGCUGUCUGCAUGGUUUACACCGUCUGCACGUAUAUACCUGUUUUUUUUUUAAAUUUUCCGUGGUGGGGGUCAGGCCGAGGAUUGCCGAGAGAAAAGGAGUGGAAAGGAGUUACUGGUCACCAGUAACUGCCAACUGGUGUCAGUUUACCACCUACCAGUCGUCCACCACACGUUGUAGUAAUUUUAUAUUGUUUGUGUCAACCUCCAAGAUGAUGAUUUAAUCCUCGAAGAAUUUAUUUGUACCAGUGCUAUAGGAAGAGGUCACUCAUCAUCAUGUGAAUAAUAAUUUUGGAUCUUUACAAGACUUGGCGAAAUCUCUAGAACUCUGGGGAUUUCAAUGCUUGAAAUAGGAAUGAAUCUGUCUCAAUGAUUCCUUCAAUAUUCCUAACUGUUGGAAGUUGAAAAAAAUCAUCGUUAUCACCGAAAUUUCAUAAUUAUUACGAUUAUCCUUAAAUAAAUGUAAGGAAAUUUGUGAUGUUAAACGUUCUACAAAUUGAGACGUUCGGGUCUUUGGCAUUCAGCGCAGAGCAAGCUUUCACUUGAUCCAGUCAACAGUGACUAUAAAGAACAGUGUCAAAAAAGUGAACAAAGUACAGCACAAAAAAAUGAGCACGAAUAAGUCACCUGUUAGAAUAUUAUUGAACCGUAUAAUAAAUAAUUAAACAACUUUUACUCAAUUGAGUAGUUAUACAGUGGGGGAGAACAAUUUGAAAAACCGUUUCAAAUAGACAAAUGUAGUGCAAUGUUCGUAGGAUGGAUUGUUGUUGAGACGAUGGUUUGUCUUGUUCUAGGCAUCCAUGGCCAAUUCAGUGAGAAUACACCCCCCAUAAUGUAUCUAAACAGAAAUUGGGUACUAGAUGACAAUGAGCCUGUUGGCAGCAUCGUAGAGAGAGUGCGAGCUGAAGAUAAUGAGCAGGGUGAGUUGACCUAUGGUUUAGAACAGGUGAGUCACAACUAUAAUGGGGAUAUUGGGCCCCAAGCUCCACUGCCGUUCUCCAUCAACAAUGACACUGGAACGAUUUUUAUCAAUGAGACCCUAAAGGGAAGAGGGGGUCAAAAUUUAUUUCUCUACGUCACUGUUUCGGAUGGCCAGUUGAUUGCUAAGACAGAGGUCUAUGUAAAUAUAAAGGAUUCGACAGUACCAAAUGUGGGGUUACCAGUUCGUAUUCGCCCACCCAUAAUGGGCCUGCCAAAUAUUCACGUUCCGCGUCCCCUGCCAUCGGAAAUUUCUUCUGGAUUCAGGAAUGAUGAGAAGACUACAAGACUCCGUCCAGAGACGAGAAACCCUAUAGACGAUCGCAGAAUUAUUCCGAAAAAAAUGUCACCUGUGCGAGGAUCAAGUCAUGAGAUUGAGACUAAUGGAAUUGAAGGUGAAAAUGCUAUCAUUGGUGCUAAAAUCACGUCCAAGGAGAACUCUGCCACCCAGGACUUCGCAAUGACAGUUGUCCCAGUUAUUGCUGGUUGCGGUUUAUUGCUGAGCGUUGGAAUUGGAAUUUGGACGCUCAGAGGGAAGGUUUGCGGCUCACUGCACUCGAAGGAGAAUUCUAAAGAGCAAACGGUGCGUGCCUCUACAAUGACCGACGAUCCAUCAUUAAUCUUGAAAAACCGGCAGUGUCCGAAAUUUCGCAAUAGCAAAUUUACGGAUUUUGAUAAAGACCAACAGAUAUCGAAUAACCAACAGCAGGACGAUGCGUGGGAAUUUCCAAGACACCGAUUGAAGGUGUUCAGUAUUCUUGGUGAAGGGUGUUUCGGUCAAGUGUGGAAGAGUGAAGCAACGGAUAUUGAUGGCAAAUCAGGACCAACGAUCGUAGCUGUAAAAACACUAAAAGAAAAUGCAACUGAACGUGAACAUCUUGAUCUUACUCAAGAGUUGAAAGUCAUGAAGAGCUUAGAGCCCCAUCCAAAUGUCGUGAGACUCAUCGGAUGUUGUACAGAACGUGCACCAAUUUUCGUAAUUUUGGAGUAUGUCAGUGGCGGAAAAUUGCAGAGUUUCCUAAGAGCUUCAAGGGAGGAGAGAAAUCAUGGAGGUCCUGGAUUGACAUCCAGAGAUCUGACGGGUUUUGUAUACCAGAUUGCUAAGGGAAUGGAAUAUCUAGCUUCGAAGGGAAUAAUCCAUCGAGACCUAGCAGCUCGAAAUGUAUUGAUCGACGAAAAUCGUGCUUGCAAAGUUGCAGACUUUGGAUUUGCCAGAGACUUAGCAGCUAAUCAGAUUUAUGAGAGGAAGUCAGAGGGGCGGUUACCUAUCAGGUGGAUGGCCCCCGAAAGUUUAUAUGAUAAUAUAUUUUCCGUCAAAUCCGAUAUUUGGGGUUUUGGUGUGUUAAUAUGGGAAAUUGUAACUUUGGGGUCGACUCCAUACCCUGGAAUGGCGGCAGCGGAGGUCAUGAGAAAAAUUAAGGAAGGCUACAGAUUGGACAGGCCAGAGCACUGCAAGCGAGAACUGUACAACAUUAUGUAUUAUUGCUGGGACAAGGACCCCUCCUGUAGACCAUCUUUCAGUGAACUUGUGGGAUUAGCGGAGGGGCUUCUUCUUGAUGAAAUUGAUUAUAUUGAGUUGGAUAGAUUUCCAGACCACUCUUACUAUAAUGUUCUGAACCUCAGUGGUGAAAAACUCUAGCAUUAGCAUUCAUAUUCUGUUGUAAAUGUCACUUUCCUUUGCUCCCUGUAAUCACUCACAUAAAUGUUCAAUCGAUGGUUGUCUUUACUUUUUAGAGAUAUCACACGAUCCUCCAACUUUAUGUAAUUAUCCAUGUUUUAUUACGUUUUAUAUAAAUGUUCACCUGUUGA